AUGGCUGAACCAUUGAAGGUAAGAUAGUUAACGUUAGCUAGCCAACUCGUGUUUGAAGGUUGAUACGAUAGGCUACAACUUUAAACACGAUGUACAUGUAUUUUGCAUGAAAGUUAAUUUCUUUCCAUUUUAAAAUGUUCAUGGCUUUUCUGAUGACUUACUACAUUUUAGCUAGCUGGUAAGUGGUAGUUAGCUGGCUAACUAUUAUUGACAGUAAAGUAACGUAAGCUAGGUAGCUAACUAGUCAUCUCAGUAGCGACAGUAACGUUAGCUUUAUGUAUGGCAUAAACGUUUGUUAACUUUAUGUAUGGCAUGUUUUGACCUGAUGCAUAACAGUCUGGCCCAUCUAAGGUAACCAGCUAAACAAUCAGCCUGGCCUCAGACUAGACGUAACACGGUAAACGAACAUCUGUGACACUCACAUUAACAUAUGUUACGUUUGGUAUGGCUACAUAAGACUAGGGAUGGUUAUUUGAAAUUAAAGUAUUCGAAUUUCUAGUUUUUAUUUUAUACUUCAAUGGAGACUUGCUCGAACGACUCCUCUGCUUGUUUCAGCAGAAGGGUGGGGGAGGGGCGAGAGAAGAGCAGGGGCCAGUGUGUUACUGUACAGUCUGUGGCAUGGGGGGAGAAAGAACAGAGACAAACCGACUCGCGCUAGUAACACAAACUUCGUGCAGCCAUAACGUACCUAUCAUGCCAUCUAGUGCCUGUCUUGACUGCAUCAAAUCGUUGUAAAGAAACUAGCUUCAGUAGCCAUCAAUAGCUAAAGUGGCUAUUUUUCUGCGCUCCCUGUUUUUUUAUUUUUGUAUUUUAUUUAACCAUUAUUUAACUAGGCAAGUCAGUUAAGAACAAAUUCUUAUUUGCAAUGUAUACAACUCCAUUCAUAUGAAACAGGCUACCUACCUGUUAGUUGAUCAUUGUAGCUUAAUCCUUCUCAUUUAGCCAGCUAAAUUUAAAUUCCAUUUAGCAUUGAUUAGAAAUCUCCCACUUCACUUCCUACACAUGGAGCCUCUGACUGUAGCGCCCCAUUUAUUGACGAACAAUAACAACAAGCGAAAUGUGUAGGCUACAGGUGCUUUUUUUUAAUGGGGUGCACGCAUAAAAAACGGUAUAAACCUGUUUUAUAAAAAUGGCGAAUGGAAUGGUCUGCCCUUGUAGGCUUUGUAGCCAUGUCACUGAUCAUUUUAGACGAUGCCCCCCCCCCCCCCCCCCCCCCCCCAAAAAAAAACGUAUCUCCCAAGUAAUCGAAUACUAACAUCCAUUCGGAUAACAAUGCCCAUCUCUACAUAAGACCGAAUGUUACUUAAGCCCCCCCCCCAUUGAUUUCAUACAGAGCUUGUUUGAGAACAAGGCGGUAGAGAAGACCAAGAAGAACCCUAACCGCCUGUCAGUGGAAAGGAUAUACCAGAAAAAGACUCAGCUGGAGCACAUUCUGCUGCGUCCAGACACCUACAUCGGCUCUGUGGAGCCUGUCACACAGGUAAGGAGUGCCACACUGCCUCAAUUUUCACCCAGGAAACCCAGAGCCCUGUUUGUACAGAGGCAUACACAUAUUUCAUUGUGGGGCAGGUGUGUCAAAUUGGAGUAAAAUAUAGGCAGACAAUGCUUGUCUUUAGAACACAUCCCAUGGUUGCUGGUUCCCGUUUUAUUGUUAGAAUUGUCACUAACGCAUACUGUCAAUUUCCUCUCCAGCAAUUGUGGGUGUUUGAUGAGGAUGUUGGAAUGAACUGUCGAGAUGUGACCUUUGUACCAGGUCUCUACAAGAUCUUUGACGAGAUCCUUGGUGAGUAAACUACUAUUAAAUGAGUAAUGUUACUGUAUUCAUUUCACGGAUGGUGUACUGUACAGUUAAAUCAUCACCAUAUGAAAAUCCCGUAAAAGAUUGUGAAGUGACUAUUCUCAUAUUUCUUCUAACCACAGUGAAUGCCGCCGAUAACAAGCAAAGAGAUAAAACCAUGUCCUGCAUCAAAAUAAACAUUGACGCGUGAGUAUUCUCGCAUAUUAAACAUUACACUGUUUAAUAUGAAUCCUGAAAUAUUAAAGCAGGGAUGACUGCUGUCCUAUGAAAUGGAAACAUUCAAGUGUAUUAUACCAUACUGUAUAUGUCACUAUUGGGCUAUACAAAGUUAAUUAGCUGUUUAACGGUUGAAGGACAAUGCAUCUGGUGUAUUAGAAACUAUUAUUAAUACCAUGAUUGUAUUUUAAACAUUUUGUUAUUUACGCAUAGAUUCAACACCAGAAUGUUAUUUUUUUCCCCAUUCGCUGUAAUGGGGGAUCCUGUGUUCUGCUAACAAUGCCUGCAGCAGCGUCCGUGGUUUAAUGAGAGGAGGCAGUCGUUAUUAGAAAUGCCAGAACUAUGCCUCUGAAAAAAUGAACUGUGCCUAAAACUCUUCAACUCUUUCAAUGGUGCUAUCCAACACCUGACAUCAAUGUAGUUAAUUAGGGGGGGGGGGGGCUUACCCUGACCAGGACUCAAACUGUGGUCCCUGUGACGGUCAUUCCAAAACCCUUACACCAAAAGGCUAAAAUCUCUUGGUACGGUCACUGUUGUACUAGGGUUGCUUUAGUAUUUUUACAAGGGGUCACAUUUUUUAUUCGCUCGCUCGUCUCCAUUUUCUAAACAUGAAAUCCGUUAAACAGUUAAUGGACUUUGUAUGACCUUACUUAGCCUGUGCUUGGUGUUUCAGUGAGAACAACUCCAUCAGUGUGUGGAACAAUGGGAAGGGCAUCCCUGUGGUGGAGCACAAGGUGGAGAAGGUCUAUGUGCCAGCUCUCAUCUUCGGACAGCUCCUCACCUCCAGUAACUAUGAUGACGACCAGAAGAAGGUCACCGGUAAGACUAAUGCAAUCAGACACUUAUUGUCAAUCAUUCUUUACUCUCCCAGAAAAAGCGUAGAGAAGUCUUGCAUAGUUUUUUGUUGCUGUUCCGAUGGUUAGCUUUCUAUUUCAGAAAUAUGUUGACGUAAUUGGGCGUAUUAAAAACCUGCAAUCUAUAUCUUCACAUGUUGUUGUACUCCAUCUUUAGGUGGACGCAACGGAUAUGGUGCCAAGCUUUGCAACAUUUUCAGCAACAAGUUUACUGUGGAGACUGCCUGCAAGGAGUCCAAGAAGACCUUCAAGCAGGUCAGUCAAACUAGGCCAAUGGCACCAUACAAAACACAUCCAUUUCUUGAAGUCUGCUCAGGUUUGUGACGAUGUAUCCUAUUACCUAAACCUUAAUUCUAUUUGUUCUUACCUGUGCUCUUUGUGCCCCUGCAGACGUGGUAUGACAACAUGGGGCGGGCUGGGGAGCACAAGAUCAGGUCGUUUGAAGGCGAUGAGUUCACGUGCAUCACCUUCCAGCCGGACCUGGCCAAGUUCAAGAUGCAGACCCUGGACAAGGACACGGUGGCUAUCAUGACCCGACGGGCUUACGACAUCGCCGGUGCCACCAAGGGGGUCCGCGUGUUCCUCAACGGCAAGAGGCUACCUGUAAGUGCAGGCUAACCUACUAGUAAUCUAAGAACGAUUGCCACACUAACAAUUACUCUGCACUAUAGUCACUUUAAAAAGACCCCAACAAGAGGAUAACCUUUAUUAAACGACAAUCUGUCCAUACUGAAGUCUCCAAAUGUAUUCCUUUGACGGUUUGAAAUGCUGUUGGACUACAAUGUUUGUUUUGAUUACCAACAUCUCUCUGUCCCCCUAGGUGACGAGUUUCCGUAACUACGUGGACCUGUACCUGAAGGACAAGUUGGAUGAGCUGGGUUCACCCCUCACAGUGGUCCACGAGGUGGUGAACGAGCGCUGGGAGGUGUGCCUCACAAUGAGCGAGAAGGGCUUCCAGCAAGUCAGCUUCGUCAACAGCAUCGCCACCACCAAGGUAAAAAGGACAGUUGUCUAAGGGGCAUGUGGUUUUGUGACGUGUGUACAAUGUUGUGUUUUGUAUUGAGCUGCGGUAUGGAAGCUAAAGGCAAAUGUGCAUUUUACUCUAACUGGACAAUAAGGUUACGGCUUACCAACCACUUGGUUUAAUAAUCAGAGUCAUUUUCCCAUUUUUGGCAACAAUAUGUCUCCAUAUUGGGUCCUUUUCCAGAUCUCAUAAUCUCAAUAUAGUAUGUGGGACUGCUGUACAUGGUUUCUUACUGUUCAUGUUCUCUGGCCCCAGGGUGGAAGACAUGCUGACUACGUGGCAGACCAGGUGACAUCCAAGCUCAUUGAAGUGGUCAAGAAGAAGAACAAGGCUGGAGUGGUCGUCAAGCCUUUCCAGGUAUCUAUGCUAUUUAGCAGACACUUCUAUCCAAAGUGACUUAGUCAUGCGUGCAUACAUUGUACGUAUGUGUUGUCCCUGGGAACCACUACCAACUGAGCUAAAGAAGGAUUGGGUACCCCACCAUACUGUCAACCUGACCAUUCUCCCUGAGAUCAGAUAAAACCUUAUUCUCCAGAACAUUUUCAUAAUAUGGCCAAUUUAAUAAGAUUGUACUUUGUCCAACUCUUCCCAGGUGAAGAACCACAUGUGGAUUUUUGUCAACUGCCUGAUUGAGAACCCUACCUUCGACUCCCAGACCAAGGAGAACAUGACCCUGCAGCAGAAGAGCUUCGGUUCCACCUGCCCCCUCAGUGACAAGUUUAUCAAACAGGUAAACAAAGCCAUGAGUUCAUUCUCACCAUAGAAAGUCCAUUGACAUUCGUACAAAACAUACUCGUUUGUAUUCUUGAUUGAUUUUGUACAUGGCUUAUUUUCAAUCAACCAGGCCAACUCCUGUGGGAUAGUGGAGAGCAUCAUGAACUGGGUGAAGUUCAAGGCCCAGACGCAGCUCAACAAGAAGUGCUCUGCCGUCAAGCACACCAAGAUCAAGGGCGUGCCCAAGCUGGACGACGCCAACGACGCAGGUAAAUCAAAUUCGUUUUGAUAUGCUUUUUAGUCAAGUCUGUCAUGCAGCAAAUUACUUCUCUUCAGCGGUUAGCCCUUAUAGUUUACGCCUAGUUACUUAUGAUCUAUAUAGCUGUUUUAAAACAAAUCAAUAAAGUUGUACAUUUAGUAAUGACGUCAUACGAAUCAAAAUGGUUAAGUUGUGGUGUUUCCCUGCCACCAGGUGGUAAGAACUCCAGCGGCUGCACUCUAAUCCUGACGGAGGGUGACUCGGCCAAAACGCUGGCCGUGUCCGGUCUGGGCGUGGUUGGCAGAGACCACUACGGGGUCUUUCCUCUCAGGGGAAAAAUGCUCAACGUGCGGGAGGCCUCGCACAAGCAGGUCAGAACAGGCGUAACAAAAUGCAUUACUAAAACCAUUGUUAACUAUUAAUAAAAGUUGGUGCGCACCAUAGCCAUCUUAUACGGUUCUGCUGGGCAUAAUUGGGAGUGCAAUUAAUAAUGACUGUGGGGAAAUUUAGUUCGGUGUUGAAUCGAUCCUCACCAUAUGUUUUACAAAGGGCCUCCCCUCUAGCAUGUUAGGCAUUUCUGUGGUCGUCCACUAUUGAACUAGUUGUUAAUGGUUUGAUCCCUGUCUGUCCCCUGUAUCAGAUCAUGGAGAAUGCUGAGAUCAACAACAUCAUCAAGAUCCUGGGGCUGCAGUACAAGAAGAACUACAGCGACCCAGAAUCCCUCAAGUCCCUGCGCUAUGGCAAACUCAUGAUCAUGACCGAUCAGGUCUGCAGUCUAAUGGCAAAUUCUCAGUGGAAUUUAGAGCUUCUUGUCUGUAAACUCAUUUAUUUGUGUAGCUCAUUGGAAUGUAUUUUUUAAAAUGUAACCUUUUUAUGUAGUCAUGAAGUCUUAUUGAUUGAGAUUAGUUUUCCGAUGGUGACCUAGCCAGUAAAGCAGCUCUACUCUAGAACUGAAAUAAUACUUUUUGUCAGUGUAGACUAGUUUUCUCACUGACUAAACAUUGCUCCGAUCAUUGAUGCUCUCCUGUGUGGUUGUCUGACAGGACCUGGAUGGCUCCCACAUCAAGGGGUUGCUCAUCAACUUCAUCCACCACAACUGGCCCUCGCUGCUGCGCCACAACUUCCUGGAGGAGUUCAUCACCCCCAUCAUCAAGGUACAUGGUACGGUCCAGCUGAGACCAACGGUUGCUGUUUUGGGCACUGUGAUACUUCAAGGCAACUCCCCAUAGUGAACAUCAAUUUUUAAUACAGCUAUAUUAAAUACAGCCACGCCAACUCUGUGUACAGAACUAAGAUAACGUAGAAGCUUGCUUGUACAGUAUCCUGAACUAGUCUUUACAUGCGACACCAGUGCCAUCUGUUGGUGACAUAUGUAACAAACACAUACUGUAUAUUAUAGUUUUACAGUAGCAAGCAUUUUGAGAUUUUUUGCAAAUAUAGAGAUACCAGCUAAAUCGGGUAAUAUUUACAAGUAUAGCGACGAGUCAAAUGUCCAUUUGAAUUUUUUCACAGGCCACUAACAAGAAGCAGGAGCUACCCUUUUACAGCAUCCCAGAGUUCAAUGAGUGGAAGGAGAUGCAGCCCAACAUCAAAUCUUGGAAAAUAAAAUACUACAAAGGUUUGUGCCCUGUGGUAGUGAAGCUGAACACGUAAGCAGCCACUUGAUAUUUUUCCCAUACCUGCCCCAAUAUAAGGCGGCGUUUCCAAUAAACCCCCCUGUAUUUAGAUGUGCUUCUAACAUCACCACCUGUAUCUGUCCAGGUUUGGGUACCAGCACUUCGAAGGAAGCGAAGGAGUACUUCUCUGACAUGCACAGACAUCGCAUCCCCUUCAAGUACGCUGGACCUGCCGACGACGAGGCAAUUACCCUGGUACGUUGACCAUUUACCUUCAUUUGAAUCCCUAUAUAAAUAAAGGUUACAUAAUUUUUGCGUCUUACUGAAACAGGCAAGGUGUUGUAGCAAACGAGUAUUCGGUUGUCUAGGCCAGGGUUUCCCAAACUCUGUCCUGGGUACCCCUUUGGAUGCACCUUUUUUUUUUUUUUUUUUGCUCUAGUACUAGGGCAAAAAAGUACUAGUACUACACAGCUGACUCAAAUAACCAACUCAUCAACAAGCUUUGACUAGUGCUAGGCAAACAUACUCAGUGACCGGGUUAUGUACACCACCCCAUUCAAAAAAAUGCUUUGCUCCUACAGACAUUGAGUCACGUGGCUUGCUGUAUAAAGCGGGCAUCGAGGCAUUCAGUUACUGUUCGAUUCGACGUUAGAAUAGGCAAAAACGAGUGACCUAAGCGACUUUGAGCCUGGUAUGAUCGGUUGUGCCAUGCGCGCUGGUUCCAGUAUCUCAGAAACGCCCGGCCUCUUGGGCUUUUCACGCACGACAGUGUCUAGGGUUUACUGAGAACGGUGCGACAAACAUCCAGUCAGUGGCAGUCCUGUGGGUGAAAACCGCUCGUUGAUGAGAUGUUGAAGGAGAAUGGCAAGAAUUGUGCAAGCUAACAGGCAAAUAACGGCGCAGUACAACAGUGGCGUGCAGAACAGCGUCUCGGAACGUACAACUCGGCGGAUGGGCUAUUGCAGCAGACGACCACACCGGGUUCCACUCCAAUCAGCCUGGUACUAGAUGUGCUAUUCAAACGGUUAUUGAGGUGACGUGUUCAUUUGGAUGACCAAUAACGGUCAUCCAAAAUUCCAUGACUGUCACAGCCCUACCAGUAGGGGGAUGUUUGCGAUUUUAUUGCAACAGUGUUUUUGACAUCAAUCGGUAGAGUUGAAAAUGCGAUGGAAACAUUGAACUUCUGCUUUUUAUUUGGUACAUGGAAACUUAAACCCCCAAAAAUGCUUUUUAUUUGGUACAUGGAAACUUAAACCCCCCAAAAUGCUUUUUAUGUGCAUUACGUCAUCACGCACACCAUCUUAUCCACACGUCAGUUUGAUGGAAACACCACUGGUGUUUUUUUUUUUUUAUGCCGAUUUUAAGAAAAAUCAAAAAAUAUUUUGCAUGAGCUCUGUUGGCCAUUUGGAUUGAAACCUAGCUUAUGAUUCUGUUAGCAGUACUUGUUUACCCUUUUCUAUUUCUCUCCCCAGGCCUUUAGCAAGAAAAAGAUUGAGGAACGUAAAGAGUGGCUGACCAGCUUCAUGGUCAACAGACGCCAGCGCAGAGAGCACAACCUGCCUGAGGUACGUCACUGGUGACCUUUGACGCUUUAGAGCACAGCCCAACCAUAGAAAUGUAAUUAGUAGAACAGAUAUUCCCAGUCAAGUCAACGUUCCGUGAUGGGUGGCUCAUUCUAGUAAUUCUAUUUCUGAGCCUAAUUCUACCCUCUGAUGUCAUACCACCUGUCUCUUUGUGUCCCAGGAGUACCUGUAUGGUCAAGCCACCAAGUCCCUGUCCUACAACGACUUUGUCAACAAGGAGCUUGUGAUGUUCUCCAACUCAGACAACGAGAGGUCCCUCCCCUGCCUGGUCGAUGGUUAGUGGCGGAAGGGAGUUAUGUCAAGUUGAGCUUAAACAGUAGCUGUGAAAAAGAGGGUGGUGCCUGCAGCAAACAUGUAUAAAAAAAAUAGUUUGUAUAUUUUGUGUGCGAACCACCCUCUUUUUCUCACCGAACUGUUUGUUGGUUUUACAUUGCACCAGCCAAAGUUCAUCGCUAUAAACGGUUACUUAGUUCAUCCAGAAAAUAUAUAAAUCUAUGCCACUUGAAACGUUAACGAUGUAGACUUCAACUAGGAGAGGUAAAUAUGACAGUAUAUCAGUUUUGAUUAUGUGUGUCUCCCAGGUCUGAAGCCGGGCCAGAGGAAGGUGCUGUUCUGCUGCUUCAAGAGGAAUGACAAGCGGGAGGUGAAGGUGGCUCAGCUGGCUGGUUCCGUGGCCGAGAUGUCAGCCUAUCACCAUGGAGAGGUUAGACCCACGGAACUGUGAAAUGUAGAGGGAACUUUCAAGAUCCCUCGACUCAAUUUGUGGUGUUCUAUUUUGUAUUUAUUGUUUCAUUGGUAUUGUAGUCGAAUGAAUGCAAUACUCUAUCAUUAUUGAUGGUGUGACAUACCAUGAUAAAAAUCAGGCAUUAUAUUAUAAGUGAGACUAUUACAACAUGUAGACUAGAGUUUGCCUACAACCUCUUUCUGAAUGGACUGUCAUCCUCUGUAUCCUUCUCUUUCAGGUCUCUCUCAUGAUGACCAUCAUUGGCUUGGCCCAGAACUUUGUGGGCAGCAACAACUUGAACCUGCUGCAGCCACAGGGUCAGUUUGGCACACGGCUGCACGGUGGCAAGGACUCUGCCAGCCCCCGUUACAUCUUCACCAUGCUCAGGUCAGCUCCACGACAUGCCCUGGAUAUGCCACUCCCUGUUAAGUUGGCGUUAUGAUGCAGCGUACUUUGUUCCUUGGCUAUGACUCCAUAAAGAGACAUGAAGCUUUUAGAAUCGCCUCCAUACGAAAUGACUAGCCUAAACUACUGCUGCGGUCUUGGCAAUGCAUGGAUGGUGGGCUUAGUAGGUCACUUCAAUUCCAGAGAUUUACAUUAGCACAGUUUCGACCACUGUCUUCGUCAGGCUGCCGUGUUUCAGUAAGUGACGUAGGACUACUCUCUCCCCUCCUCCCUACAGCCCCCUGGCUCGUCUACUCUUCCCCCAGGUGGACGACAACCUGCUGAAGUACAACUAUGACGACAACCAGCGCGUGGAGCCCGAGUGGUACAUCCCCAUCAUCCCCACCGUGCUAGUGAACGGCGCCGACGGCAUCGGGACGGGCUGGGCCAGCCGCCUCCCCAACUUCGACGUCCGCGAGAUCGUCAAUAACCUCCACCGCAUGCUCAACGGGGAAGAGCCACUGCCUAUGGUGAGGAGGGGAGAUUAGUUAGUAAGGGCCUAUGGAUGGGAGCUAGGAGUUGGGGUGGGUUUUUAGAUCAAAUGCACUAUGUGCAUUCAGAAUGUGUACAGGACAAGUCAAUCAUCAAGACAUAAUCAAGAAUCCCAUACUCAGUAUUUCUUCUUUCAGAUAUGAAAUCUAGAUAAAUUAUGUUUAUGUGAAGGUUUGGGAUUGGCCCAUAGUUUAUCAGAGCCAGUUAUAGGUUAUUGACAUUUGGUUACAACCAAGUUCUCGAAUCAAACUGUUCCUUCUCAAUGAUUCAAAAAUGACUUGUUCUGUUCAGCUCCCCAACUACAAGGGCUUCAAAGGCACAAUUGACCAGCUGAUGACCAACCAGUACAUGAACAGUGGAGAGGUGGCCAUCAUCGACAGCACCACCAUCGAGAUCUCUGAGCUGCCCGUCAAGACAUGGACACAGGUUGGUACAUAUUAAUACCCUGGUCUUGGGUAGAUCAGUUGGGUGGUUUGUCUUUACUUGAUAGAAGUCUGUGUCAAGUCACUGUCCUGCUAUAUGAAUAUACAGUAGCAUAUGGUAUUGCUGUAGGGCCUUGGAUCCAUAAGGAUAAUGUUUAGAAUCUAGUCAUCUGUGUUUGCGUACAACGGAAAACGUAAAUCUCUGUUCUUAUUUGACAAGUUCAGGUAGUACCUCUCUGUUUCAAAAAUUUUUCACCUACUGAAUACAACCCAUGUACAUUUCCAUGUCUUUUUUUUCUCCUCUCUGCCCUCACCCUCAGGCCUACAAGGAGAACGUUCUGGAGGCCAUGCUGAACGGCACAGAGAAGGUCCCGGCCCUCAUCACCGACUACAAGGAGUACCACACGGACACCACGGUGCGCUUUGUGGUCAAGAUGACCGAGGAGAGGCUGAGGGAGGCCGAGGCGGCUGGCCUGCACAAGGUCUUCAAGCUGCAGCAGUCCCUCACCUGCAACUCCAUGGUAAUGAUCACCCUACCCUACCACAAACAUGCUACUACUCCCUUGAAUAAUGUUUAGUCCCAACCAUAUAAUGAAUUAUUCGCUACUGUCUCUGACUCCAUUUUGUAAUGAUUGUUUUAAUUUGUUUUAAAUUGAUACUCUGAAGGGUACUACUCAUUCCCAUGAAAUAUAAUACUGCAACAAGGCCUUUUAUUUUAUUUUUUAAGUGUCUAUAAUUAUAAGAACAUCAUCAUUAUAAAAAUAUGUAUCUGAAUAACCUCUCUCCUUGCCCCUCAGGUGCUGUUUGACCAUGUGGGCAGCCUAAAGAAGUAUGAGUUGGUGCAGGAUGUGCUGAAGGACUUCUUUGAGUUAAGGAUGAAGUACUACGUUCUGAGAAAGGACUGGCUAGCCGGCAUGCUGGGAGCCGAGAGUGCCAAGCUCACCAACCAGGCCCGUUUCAUCUUGGAGAAGAUCCAGGGAACCCUGGUCAUCGGUGGGUACCAGCGCCCUCUCCUUCCCCUAUAAGGGAAAUGUUUGCAUAUCGGUCAGGUGACACCAACAUGUGGGAGCCAUAUUGGGACUCUGCUGGGACCCCUCAGAUCUGCAAACAUCCAACAGUUGAUUCUGUGUUUAAUCCUCAGCAUGUUCAAGUCCACAUAAAAAGGAUCUGUUUUCAUUCAGCCUCGGAUUGGCAUAGGCAAUGUAGUAUUGAAAGUAUUGUUAGCUGUUGUACUAUUUCUGUUAAUUUCCUGAAACGCCCAUACCGUUGUCUCAGGUGACAUUUUGUUUCUUGCUUUUAAAAGGUAGCUAUUGUAUGUCUCUCUCCCUUUCUCCAGAGAACAAGCCAAAGAAACAGCUGAUCCUCAUGCUGACGGAAAUGGGCUACGACUCUGACCCCGUCAAGGCCUGGAAAGAGGCUCAGGAGAAGGACAAGGUAGUUAAUUUCAUUCCCCCUUAUCUGGCCAUACUCCUAAUUUAAAGUGUUCUUGUUUUUUGUCAUAUAAUCCAAUGUACAACCCACAGUUGCUACGAUAUCAUGAGCAUAAAUGGUAGCUUUUAUCCUGGAAAGUAAGUUGAUUUCUCAACAUACAUUGACUUUUAGAAGGGAUUGCAUGACGAUUAGAUUAGCAACCGCGUGACGCAGCAUGACAACAUUAACGCGAUUGGUUGACUUUUAUUUUUCUCCCCUAUUGAAGACUGUGGAGGAAACGGGGGAUGAUGAUGAGGAGAAAGAGGAAGACACCACUGGACCAGACUACAACUACCUGCUAAACAUGCCAAUGUGGUACCUCACCAAGGAGAAGAAAGAGGAGCUGUGCAAACAGAGGGAUGCCAAGGUCUGUCCUCUUGCUGUCCUGUCCAGUGGCCAUGUAUCAGUUAAAGGGAAAAAUCCACUCAUGCUUUUAAUUUACAAUCUUUUUUUGUGAACAAAUGUUUCAUUUUGGUGUUAUAUUAAGGUUGGUAGCAUCAUGGGAAAUUGUUGUGGAAAUCUGUUGCAGCUCAAGUCGACUACAAAAUCCGCAAUGCUCUCAUUGGGCUGGCUAGGUAGCUAGCAAGCAAACGUAGCUACACACAAUAAUACCAAAGACAAUAUCAGCAUGUAAAGUAGCUAGUUAGUUUAGUUUAGGUGAUUUUUACAGCUAUCAAUUUAGGAGUCUACAAUCUCACCAUGUUCAACCUGCAGAUCGAUGUGCCUCAGAGCGGAGUUUGAAAUUCUCAACGGUAGAUAUACUUUUGAGGAGAACGUUGCCCAUGCUACGUCAAUGGGCUGCGCGGUGCAUUCUGGGUGAUUCUGGGACAAGGAGUUCUCUCCUUCAGAGUGAAUGGGAGUCUAUUGGGUGCUAGCUCAAAAACCCAACAUUGGCACGAAUUUCAUCAACAAGAAGUACAUUACAAAUCUUUUUUGAGAUGUGAAAUAAUUAACUUGCUAUCUGAGAUAUCGUAUAGCUUUGGAAUCGUGACAUUAUGUACUUUCUAGGAAAAUAGGCACAUUUCUCGACAUAUACAUUGACUUUGAGGAGGGAUUGCGUGACGAUUAGUUUAGCAACCGUGUGACACAGCAUGACAACAUUAACGCGAUUGGUUGACAAUCUGCUGGGUGGGGCGUAAUACGUUCCUUCAUUCAUUGGAUUCCUAUUCCCUUUCUAUAAUAUCUCUGGCAACAGCACCAUGCAAUGCACCCUGGAUUAAAGAGGCAGACAAAUAGGAAACAUUUGCUAGACCCUCCUUUUAAAUUACAAGUUUCUCGGGAGGAAUAUCGCACAAAUAUGAUAAAUGGCUCUUUCGAGAGAAGACAUCCUCCCGUGUUAUGACAUCAGCCAGUAUUGAAAUUUGACAUGUAUGAUGUACAUCUUCGCAGUCUAAAAGUCGUAUUCCUGUUAACUUCCAAUGUAGUGAGAGCGACUUUAUCACAGUGCUACGUCAUAGCGAACUGAUUUCUGCCUGCUUUAACGCCAAUAACUGAGAACAUCAAAUGACCCAGGGAAUCGAUAGAACAUCACUCAGAUGCACAAAAACAAUAUAACAUUCAAAAUGUGUGAACCUUUCCUUUUUAACAGUACAUCAUUUUAGUUCCUUGUGGCUACAUUCUGAUCCUGUUACGUGGUGAUGGUUCUCACCAUCAUAACUUCUAUCCUCUCAUGCAGUUGACCGAGCUGAACACCCUAAAACAGAAGAGCCCGGCUGAUCUUUGGAAGGAGGACCUCGCGGCCUUCACUGAGGAGCUGGAGGUAAAACAGCAUCCCCAAUCAAAUGUCAUUCCGUAACAACACUCGUUCUUAUGGCAUGAAUGUUACAGAAUGACUAUUCAUGGGUUGCACGUUUCGUCACUAUUGUUUUGAAUACUGGGCAUUCUACUCAAUGCAUCUCAAUGAGCGCUGAUUAGUCUAAAGUGCAUUACUGUGGCUUGGAAACAAAUGACAAUUAGUAGGAUAAAUUAUCAUUGUGAUGUCACCAGACUGACUUUAGAUGGAGUUUAACUCUAGUUAGCUAAGAUUGAGGGGACGGCACUGAAUUUUAGCUCGCUAAUGUUAGCAUUCCAAGCAAUUUUUGACAAACUUUGCUAGUUAAUGGCAACCUUGCCCUCUCUAUAAAGUAAGUUUGACGACAAAGACGGAACAUUUGUUUUUCUGUAACAUUGUUAUGCUGUAACGACACCACUUAUUCUGUAACAUGCUUUAUCAUUCCAUAACACUUAAUGGUUUGAACCUCGGUCUCAUAGUUGCCAUUGUUAUGAACGUUCUACAGACGCCGGAGCCAUAUUGGUGCCCGACUGAUGUCUGAACGGAAGCUGUUUCAUCUAAAUUACAGAUGGCUUGGAAAUAUGAUGACUGUGCUAAAGUAGGCAAAUAAUUAGUAGGAAACAACUUUUCCGUCAUUGUCGUCAAAUUUACUUUAUAGAGAGGGCAAUGUUGCCAUUAACUAGCAAAGUUUGUCAAAAAUAGCUAGGAAUGCUAACAUUAGCGAGCUAAAAUUCGGUGCUGUCCCUUCAAUCUUAGCUAGCUAGCUAAAGUUAUACCCCAUCUAAAGGCAGUCUGGCGACAUCACAAUAAUAACAAACGUUUUUCCUACUAAUUGUCAUUGUGUUUCUACGCCACAGUAAUGCACUUUAGAUGAAUCAGCGCUCAUUGAGAUGCAUUGAGUAGAAUGCUCAGUUUUGCAUCGUUCCUAAAACGAACAUUCAAAACAAUAUAGUGACGAAACGUGCAACCCAUGAAUAGUCAUUCUGUAACAUUCAUUCCAUAAGAACAAGUGUAAUUCCGUAACGUUCUGUCGUUUCAUAACACCUGGGUCAAGUAAUCUGCACUGUCACCGUAACAUUUGACUCUCUCUCGGGUUACUUCCACAGCGUGUGGAGGAGAAGGAUCGGGAGAACGCCACCAUGCCUGCGGUGAAGGGCAAGGCUGGCAAGGGCAAGGUGGUGAAGGUGAAGCAGGAGACCAUGCCCACACCCCAGGGGCGCCGCGUCAUCCCACGCAUCACCAGCACCAUGAAGGCUGAGGCCUCCAGGAAGGCCGUUGUCAAGAAAGGCAAAAAGGUCAGUGCCUCUUCUGGAAACUGGUGUCAAACACUAACUAGAGUACAAUAAUAAUUGUAGACUUUAUGUAGUUCACUGGUAAUGGAACUUGUUUGAGAUGGUAAUUGACUUACUAUUUGCUACUUCUGUAUUUUUUUUAUAAUUCCAUUUUGAUAUUUGUGUGUUUUUUAGGGUGAGGAAGUGGUGAUGAAGAUGGAGUUUGAGGAUGGAGGAGAGAAUGGAGAGGCUGCUGCUGAGGAGAUGGGUCUGGCAGCGCGACUGACCAAGAAACCCAAAGCACCAGCCAAGGACAAAGGUGAGGAUUAUGAUUCCAGCAGAAAUGUCUUGUUUAUUGGUUAAUUGAAACCAACAAGGACAAUAUUCCUGAAUGGGGAAACUCUGGUUUAUUCUGUUUCAAUGGUAGAUUCUCUAUGGGUCAUUAUUGAAAUCCUGUGGCAUUUGCGUCCCUUGCCUUUGCAACCAUGAAAAACACUUUAAAAUGAAAAAUAGUUACACAUCAAUGGUUUUGUUUUAUAUUGAAAUGUUUACUAAUUAUAAAACAUAAUGCAAGUCCUUUUACAUUUACAUUUUAGUCAUUUAGCAGACGCUCUUAUCCAGAGCAACUUAGUGAGUGCGUACAUUUUUCAUACUGGCCCCCCGUGGGAAAUGAACCCACAACCCUGGCGUUGCAAGCGCCAUGCUUUAAACUGCAAAACCUUUUUUUUUAUGCAUUGUUUAAAGUAACUAGGGCAAGCAAAUGGGCUUCUCCCAGUAUUGAUGAGUAGAGGUGUAGUGACAUGUUUUGGGGAUUUAGAGAUCUAUCUAUUAUUUUGUAUGCUAGGAAGUAAACAAAAGUAUUUAAUUUGUUAUAUAGAUCAGGCGUGUCGAACAUACAUGUUCAAUCCGGCCCACGGGUGGUUUGAGUAAAACGAUCUCAAUUGACAUUGAAAUGACUAAAACCAAAUCGAAACUGUGUAGAAAUGAUAAUGGUCCUACAUCUAUACUCUUCACUCUGUCCUGCUUGUUAACAGUCAUGGAAAUGAAAGCAAGACAGGGUGUAUCAAAUUCAAUACGUGAUGUAUAGAGGACUGCUUUUGCUAAUAUUGAUGUAGAGGAAAUGUAAUACAUUUUAGAUUCGGCCCUCCAGACCUCGGUGGAGACCGAAUGCGGCCCCUGGGGCAAAAUGAGUUUGACACCCCUGGUAUAGAUCAAUAAAACAAAGGCUAUUAAAAUACAAAUUUGUCAAUACAAAAAAAAAUACAUUUUUACAAAUAUGGGCAAUGUCAUUGGUGUUCAGCUCACAUUACAAAGGAUGUGUAGAAAACUAUUAUUAUAUAUAUAUUUAGAUAUAUAUAGAUAUAAUAGAAAGAGAUAUAGAUAAGAUAUAUAUAAGAAUAGAUAUAUAUACUAUAAUAUUAGAUAUCAUAUGGAAUAUAUGUAUAUAGAGAUUAUAGUAUACAUAUAUUAUAUAUAUAUAUAGCUAUUAUAUAAUAUCUAUUAUAUAUAUAUCUAAUAUUAUAUAAGAUAUAUUAUUAUAUAUAUAUAUAUAUAUCGUAUAUUUAUAUUAUAUAUAUAUUAUAUAAUAUAUAUAUAUGUAUAUGUAUAUGUUAUGUAUUGGGGACCUUGAGCAUUCCUUCCAUUGGCAAACUGUUAUUGGGAGAGGGUCACCGUCUAUAUUAAAUAAAUUAUAGACAGGGAUGUAGCUCAGUUGGCAGGGUUGUGGGUUCGACUCCCACAGGGGGCCAGUAUGAAAAAUAAAAAAGAAUGUAUGCACUCACUUAACUGUAAGUCACUCUGGAUAAGAGCGUCUGCUAAAUUACUAGAAUGUAAAUUAUUAAUCGCACCAUUUUAGUAUGUCAGAAAUGUUAGGAUUCUGUUGAUUUUGUAUAAAUAGUGUCAUUGGUGUUGCUCAAUUUAAAUGAAGAGGCAACAACAUAGUGAGAAAUGAUUAGUAAUAGCACUUUAGUAAAUUAUUUAUGACCCGAGAUUCCUCAAUUUGUCAUUGGUGUCACUACUCCUACUUGUGGCAUAAUGUUAUCAUAAUGGUUAAAACAAUGUUACAUUUAAACAAAUGCCACCGCAAUUCAAGAAUGACCUCUAUGUAUGUACCAAUCUGUGAUUCACUGACUAACCAAAGACCAUAUUCCCCUGCAGUAUCAAAGGCAUUGGGCAAACAGACCACCCUGUCGUUCAAGCCCAUGGCAGCCAAGAAGGCCAAGAGGAACCCGUGGUCUGACGCAUCUGGCUCAGACAGUGAGAUGGAGAUUCUGCUGGAAGUUGACCCAGUGGUACCCAAGGAGAAACCUGAACGCAAAGCCAAAGGUGAGACGCUAUCCAGAGAGGAAGAGGCAAACUUUAGGCUACUUUGGUGAAUUUGAGGCAUGCAAGACAAUUAAGAUGCAGAUUACCAAGACAUGCACACAGUUCUGCCUGCCCCUCUCUCAGCCUACCUGCUCUUUCUCUUCACUAAUGACGCUAGUGUGUGUUCAGUCUUCGGUCUGUUGCGUGUAGAAUAUCCUAGUUUAGGCUAUUCAUGGGAUCAACGUCACCGGGCCAGUCUUGCGAACACAGGCUACUCUUCGUUGCUGAAUGGGUGGGGGUGUUUUUGUCUCAUAUGAAAUUACAGUAGGUUACCGGUAUAGCCUGUAUCGAUGACCCUUUUCACGUAUAAUUGUAUGUGGAUGUGGCCCCUUGAAAGCGCUAUGGCAUAUGUGUCUGUUACGGUAGGCUACACUACAGCUUUUUAAACUCCGACAACUUUCUCUGGAGACAUGAAUGGCAUUUUACUUGUCUGUAAAGCAAUGCCCCUUCUGAAGCGGGACUAACUUCCAUCAGUAGGUGUCCAGAACUGUCAAUCCACAGACCUCUUUCCUAAAAAAAAAGUUUGUUAAAUAUCGUGACUUACCAAGACAUUUUGUAGAAAGAAAGCACAUCUAGCUAUCCUACCAUUUUAAAAAAACUACAUAAACAUGGCAGCACAUCAAUCAUCAACGUUUAUUGUUGUCAGGGAAACGAUAGAACAUUCUAUGCCAGAGCAGAAUUCUACUGUCUGAAAAGGUACAGACGCUUCUGAUGCAGCACUUUUUUAAUUGUCUGAAAAGUAAUCAGUUAUCGACAUGUUACUACUGUAAUGAGUUCUGUCUGUAAAGGGUCCGGGUAGAUAUAACUUCAUUGCCAGGCCCUAGCGGUAACGCAUGCGUAAUAGGACCAUUAUUCUGCAUUGUGAAUUGAUGUGUAAUUAUGUUUUUUUCUUUUUCCUUACCGAUUUUUAUUUUGUUUUAUUUUAAUGUCAGUUUUAAACAUUAAGAUUGUAUUCCCAUUUGUCACAUCCCUAUUCGGAACCACCCAAACUGAGUUUAAAUCGGCAAUUGCAUUAUCCAGCAGUCACUUAUAUUCUCAUUAGCAUCCCAUGCUCGCGUGUAAUUCAUCAAGCCCACCAGGCAAUAAGACAGUAUGGACAGUCCCGGUGCCCCAAAGUGUUAUGUCUGGCUGCUUGUUCUGUUUCAUGAUUGGGGAUCUUUGAAGACUCGACCAGAACAUGCCAAUGUAUCUAUAGCAUCACUUCCUCUGCGUAAUUAGCUGCACUACUCACUUCUGAUUAGGCUCGUCUCAGACCUUAGAUAGCUUGAUUACUUCCCCAUGACUCUCCUACAUCCAUACAGGAAGCUGUUAUUUUAGCUCAACAUAACAGCGACAUUUUGUCUAACAGUUGCCAUUUUCUACAAGGGUAGAAAAGGAAGCCUACCUUCAACAGCAUGCGUUGCACUAAGUUGAUGGGUGGCCUGAUUAGUAAGAAAAUAAAAUGUAGCCAGCUAGCCGCACUUUGUGGCUCUGAUCGAAUACAUUUAUUAACCAACUUUUCAACAACAAGCUGCCUUCAUCAUGGGUUUGUGGUUUGACUCCCGAGUGGCGCAGUGGUCUAAGGCACUGCAUCGCAUUGCUAGCUGUGCCACUAGAGAUCCUGGUUCGAAUCCAGGCUCUGUCGUAGCCGGCCGUGAACGGGAGACCCAUGGGGCGGCGCACAAUUGGCCCAGCGUCAUCCAGGGUAGGGGAGGGAAUGGCCGGCAGGGAUGUGUGGGUUCGAUUUCCCCCCCCAAAUUGUAAAGUGGUUAUCCCACUGGCUAUAGGGUGAACGCACCAAUUUGUGAGUCGCUCUGGCUAAGAGCGUCUGCUAAAUGACGUUAAUGUGCCCUUGAGCAAGGCACUUAACCCUAAUUGCUCCUGUAAGUCGCUCUGGAUAAGAGCGUCUGCUAAAUGACUAAAAUGUAAAUGUAAAAAUGUAUGCACUCACUAACUGUAAGUCGCUCUGGAUAAGAGCGUCUGCUAAAUGACAUAAAUGUAGUAGUGUUCAUGCAGUGUUAAUGCAACAAGUGUUGUCUUUUCCCAAAGCUGCUGUGAAGUACAGCAUGUCCAGCAGUGAGGAUGAGUUUGACUGUGGGAUGAGCGCCCCCAAGGCGGCAGCAGCCAUUAGUGGCGAUGACGACGGCUUUGUCCCCGAGCCCAGCGCUGCAGUCGAUAGUGAGGCGGACUCUCCACCCCCUAAGGCUCCUGAGCCCACGUGAGUCUAUAUACAGUAUAGUUUAACAGGAGUUUUGUAAGCUUGGUGAUAAUUGUUGGGGCUAAUGCAGUGAGUUAAGCCUACACAAGCAAUAGUCUAAACUCUGCACAUUUUAUUUAAUUGCGAAUCCUGACAGCAGUGAAACUGUUGCUCUCUCUUCAUAUAGAAAGAAAGUGGUGAAAAGCAAAUCAGCGACUGUAAAAGAAGCUAAAAGCAAAUCCAGCUGUAAGUAUAUUCCAUACCUAUUCAAUCAAAAUCACUACCUCAACUGUAUAACUGAAUUGAUCUAACAUCACAAAUUUGCCACACAAUUAGAUGCUGACUUUCAAAAUACAACAUUCUGAAAUGGCACACUGUUGCAGACAACUGGGGAGAUUCUCUGACUAGCACAGUUGAAAAUGUAAUCUGAACUUGUUUCUGUGUUCUGCAGCUCAGUCUGAUGGCGACGAUGCGACGGCCUCUAAGCCUCCAGCCAAGCCCAAGGCAGCCGCCAAGAAACCAGCAGCUGCCAAGAAGCCAGCCGCCCCCAAGAAGAAGGCUGCAGGUACUAUAGAACAGCACCUCCAACCCUGUACUAAUAAUGCAGUAGUUGUGACAUUAGAUUUCUGCUUCAAUGAGUAAUAAAACAUAUAUACAGGUAACUGCCAAAAUAAAGGAAACGCCAACAUAGGGUCUUAAUAGGGCGUUGGGCCACCAAGACCGCCAGAACAGCGUCAAUGCGCCUUGGCUGGAUGCGACACCAUUCAUCCACGACAAAUUCCAUUAGUCAGUAAUAUUCAUAAAAAUAUACACUACUGUGCAAUAGUUUGGGGUCACUUAGAAAUGUCCUUGUUUUCGAAAAAAGCUUCUUUUUUUUUUGCCCAUUUUUAAAAUAACAUCAAAUUGAUCAGAAAUACAGUGUAGUCAUUGUUAAUGUUGUAAAUGGCUAUUGUAGCUGGAAACUGCUUUUUUUUUAAAUAAUUUUUUUAUGGAACAUCUAGGCGUACAGAGGCCCAUUAUCAGCAACCAUCAGUCCUGUGUUCCAAUGGCACGUUGUGUUUGCUAAUCCAAGUUUAUCAUUUUAAAAUGCUAAUUGAUCAUUAGAAAACCCUUUUGCAAUUAUGUUAACACAGCUGAAAACUUGUGCUGAUUUGAAAGAAGCAAUAAAACUGGCCUUCUUGAGACUAGUUGAGUAUCUGGAGCAUCAGUAAUUGUGGGUUCGAUUACAGGCUCAAAAUGGCCAGAAACAAAACUUUCUUCUGAAUCUCGUCAGUCUAUUCUUGUUCUGAGAAAUUAAGGCUAUUCCAUGCGAGAAAUUGCCAAGAAACUGAAGAUCUCGUACAAUGCUGUGUACUACUCCCUUCACAGAACAGCGCAAACUGGCUCUAACCAGAAUAGAAAGAGGAGUGGGAGGCCCCAGUGCACAACUGAGCAAGAGGACAAAUACAUUAGUGUCUAGUUUGAGAAACAGACGCCUCACAGGUCUUGAACUGGCAGCUUCAUUAAAUAGUACCCAAAAAACACCAGUCUCAACAUCAACAGUGAAGAGGUGACUCCGGGAUGCUGACCUUCUAGGCAGAGUUGCAAAGAAAAUAUGUGUUAUGGACAGACUAAUUGAAGUUCAAGGUGUUCGGAUCACAAAGAAGAACAUUUAUGAGACGCAGACCAAAUGAAAAGAUGCUGGAUGAGUGCUUGAUGCCAUCUGUCAAGCAUGGUGGAGGCAAUGUGAUGGUCUGGGGGUGCUUUGGCGGUGGGAAAUCUGUACAGGGUGAAAGGGAUCUUGAAGAAGGAAGGCUAUCACUAAAUUUUGCAACGCCAUGCCAUACCCUGUGGACGGUGCAUGAUUGGAGCCAAUUUCCUCCUGCAACAGGACAAUGACCCAAAGCACAGCUCCAAACUAUGCAAGAACUCUUUAGGGAAGAAGCAGUCAGCUGGUAUUCUGUCUAUAAUGGAGUGGCCAGCACAGUCACCGGAUCUGAACCCUAUUGAGCUGUUGUGGGAGCAGCUUGACCGUAUGGUACGUAAGAAGUGCCCAUCAUGCCAAUCCAAUUUGUGGGCGGUGCUUCAGGAAGCAUGGGGUGAGAUCUCUUCAGAUUACCUCAACAAAUUGACAACUAGAAGCAAGGCUGUACAUGUCAAAAAUGUUAUAAAUUUGAUUUGCAUUUUAAUGAGGGAAAUAAGUAUUUGACCCCUCUGCAAAACAUGACUUAGUACUUGGUGGCAAAACCCUUGUUGGCAAUCACAGAGGUCAGACGUUUCUUGUAGUUGGCCACCAGGUUUGCACACAUCUCAGGAGGGAUUUUGUCCCACUCCUCUUUGCAGAUCUUCUCCAAGUCAUUAAGGUUUUGAACCGGACGUUUGGCAACUUGAACCUUCAGCUCCCUCCACAGAUUUUCUAUGGGAUUAAGGUCUGGAGACUGGCUAGGCCACUCCAGGACCUUAAUGUGCUUCUUCUUGAGCCACUCCUUUGUUGCCUUGGCCAUGUGUUUUGGGUCAUUGUCAUGCUGGAAUACCCAUCCACGACCCAUUUUCAAUGCCUUGGCUGAGGGAAGGAGGUUCUCACCCAAGAUUUGACGGUACAUGGCCCCGUCCAUCGUCCCUAUGAUGCGGUGAAGUUGUCCUGUCCCCUUAGCAGAAAAACACCCCCAAAGCAUAAUGUUUCCACCUCCAUAUUUUACGUUGGGGAUGGUGUUCUUGGGGUCAUAGGCAGCAUUCCUCCUCCAAACACGGCGAGUUGAGUUGAUGCCAAAGAGCUCCAUUUUGGUCUCAUCCGACCACAACACUUUCACCCAGUUCUCCUCAUUCAGAUGUUCAUUGGCAAACUUCAGACGGCCCUGUAUAUGUGCUUUCUUGAGCAGGGGGACCUUGCGGGCGCGAGUUUGGAAUCUGAUUGAUUGCUUCUGUGGACAGGUGUCUUUUUAUACAGGUAACAAGCUUAGAUUAGGAGCACUCCGUUUAAGAGUGUGCUCCUAAUCUCAGCGCGUUACCUGUAUAAAAGACACCUGGGAGCCAGAAAUCUUUCUGAUUUGAGAGGGGGUCAAAUACUUAUUUCCCUCAUUAAAAUGCAAAUCAAUUUAUAACAUUUUUGACAUGCGUUUUUCUGGAUUUUUUUGUUAUUCUGUCUCUCACUGUUCAAAUAAACCUACCGUUAAAAUUAUAGACUGAUCGUUUCUUUGUCAGUGGGCAAACGUACAAAAUCAGCAGGUGAUCAAAUACUUUUUUCCCUCACUGUAAUUGCUGCAAAUGGAGGAUUCUUUGACGAAAGCAAAGUUAGGACACAAUUUAUUAUUUCAAUUAAAUAUCAUUAUUUCUAACCUUGUCAAUGACUACAUUUCCUAUGCAUUUUGCUAUAUUUCCUAUUCAAACUCAUUUAGUGUAUAUUUUCAUGGAAAACAAGAAUUUCUAAGUGACCACAAACAUUUGAACAGUAGUGUAUAUAUUUUGAUCUGGCCUGGACCACACUUUGAGAGUCCCUGCUUUAAACCCCCCUAUGCUUCGAGACCCCUCUUUCAAAGUCACAGAGCUCUUCUAGCCAUGGUAGCCAAAAUAAUGGGAAACUGGGCAUUUUUUAUACAUGACCAUAAUCAAAUUGUAUUGGCCACAUACACAUAUUUAGCAGAUGUUAUUGUGGGUAUAGCGGAAGGCGAUGUUCCCUCUAAGCUGCGCCUGUGUGGGGCCGCGCACGUCCUCCAGGACUGCCAAGCAGAAGAAAUGCCAGGCCGUGCGGAGACGCAAGAGAUUGAACUUCACUGAGUUCACCCUGUUAGUUUACACUAUAUAGAUCAAUGUUUUUUCUGUGAUCGAAUCAACAUUAUAAACAGUGGUUGGAGCCCUGAAUGUUGAUUGGCUGACAGCCGUGGUAUAUCACACCGUAUACCACAGGUAUGACAAAACAUUUAUUUUUACUGCUCUAAUUACAUUGGUAAACAGUUUAUAAUCGCAAUAAGGACCUCAGGGUUUUGUGGUUUAUGGCCAAUAUACCACAGCUAAGGGCUGUAUCCAGGCACUCUGCAUUGCGUCGUAUACCACACACCCUCGUGCCUUAUUGCUUAAUUAUAUCAGCCCCUUUUCAAUGCAACAAAACAAAUGUAACUUUGCAAGAUUGAGUCUGUUGUAUGCAAAGCCAGAUCACAACUGAGUAGAAUUAUAUUGGCUGGGGUAGGCCAUGAGCGGUCUUUCAGAGCCACACGUGUGCACAUUUGUUGAUAUUCUUUGCUAGUUAGCGAGUUAUUAGCCCAGUUAUAGAUCAUUAUAGGUCAGCAAUGGGGAGUUACUGCUUCCUACAAGAGCACAAAAUGUGUAGGCUACAUUUCAAGCUGUCUUUGAAAAGCCAGUCAGGUAAAAAGCUUAUGUCUUCAUUAAAGGGGCAGUGUUAUAUUUUGAUACAGGCUUGAAUAGCCUAUAUUGUCGAAUUAUCUGUAUGGUAAUAAUAAUGAAUCGUAUUUUGUAAGUGGUUUAUUACAUCAUAAAACACAAUGUAAUUUACAGUCCCCUAUUUGGCAUGUCGUGUUACAGACAAGUAAAGAGCCAUUCAUGUAGGCCUGCAUUGAACACCACAGGCUACUGUAGGCUGUCAUAGAAAUCUAAAGCUAUUUCCAUGUGAAAUGUUAUGGGAUUUGCUCUACAUUAUGCUCAAAUAGCCACAAUAGCCUAUUGGCCACUGUCUAAAACUGUAAGGGUACAGCUUCAAUGUUCACUGUAAAUGCGUGCUAGAAGAGGCACAAUUCUCACAGCUUUCAAGUUUCUGCUCACAAGACCAAAAAUUAGCUCAGUGCCCCAAAAAUUUGAGGGAACAUUGACUGUAAGAAUGAUGGGAUGUUAAUUGCUUAAUUAACUCAGGAACCAAACCUGUGCGGAAGCACCUGCUUUCAAUAUCCCUCAUUUACUCAAGUGUUUCCUUUAUUUUGGCAGUUAGCUGUAUAUUUACAUAAUGUUGUAUAUUCUGGAUGAUGUUAUAUUGAGAGGGGUUAUGCUUUGAGCGUAUAAAGCAUUAUCAAUAAUACACUUAUUCUGAACAGACUCCUAACACUAUCUCCCUAUCAGCCCCUCUAGAUGCGACGCAGCCGUCCAUCAUGGAAGCUCUGUCCAAGCCCAAGCUAACCUCCAAAACUGCUGCCAUGAAGAUCCCGUCGUUUGACUCCAGUGGCUCGGAGGGCCCGUCCAAUGCCCCUGCCCCGUCUAAGGCCGCGCCGGCCAAGCGCAAGGCCCUGGACAGUGACGACUCGGACAGAAGCUCUGAAGACCUCAUGUCCCGCAUCAAGGGCAAGAAGACUUCCAUCGCCAACAAGGUGAGUCCAAACCGAGUGGAGGUUCUAGCAUUGACGUGAGCCAAGUUGUUGAUAAUGCAAUGAUAUGCUGAGACAUUGUUUGCCAGCUUUUACAAUUGAAAAGGUGCUGGAAAAUAUAAACUUAAGCUUGUUAACCAUGAAUUCAGGUUUGCACCCUCCCACCCUGUCAUAUGUCAGAUCCAUCACUCUGAAAUAAAUGAACUUCAAUUUGGAUGAUGUAUUCUUCUUCCUGCGUGUCCUCGUAGAAAACCAAAGUAUGGGACGAUGAGAGCUUCCAGAUGUCAGACCAGGAAGCUGUAGCUCCCAGGAGCAAACCAGUCCGUGCCAAGAAACCAAUCGCUUAUAACUUUGACUCAGACUCUGAAGAAGACUUUUAGAUUGGAGCUUUCUAUUCUCUUAUGAUCAAUGUCUCCUGUUAUCAAGGAUAUUACAACUGAAGUCCCUUUUAUUGAAUCAAUGCUUUUAUAUACUCUACUGCCACUUGGCCAUUUAUGGCUUUGCUUUGUAACAUUAGAAGUCUUGACUGCUUUUGCACAGCAGACAGUUGGUUAUGUUAGAAUUUUAUCAUAACUGGGGGGGGGAUAUUAAAUUUAAGAAUUGUUUAACUCAUAGGCAGGAUUAUUCUUGCAUUUUGCAAAUAGCAAUAUAUUUGACAUGUUAUGCUGAAUAAUUUCACUAGUUUUAAUCUAUUUGUUAAAUGUUCAGUCUUCGGUUUUCAUCUUUUUAUUCAUGUUGUGUCUUGUCAUGUAAAUAUUUCAUUGGAUGUCUUUUGAUAUUUGUUUUGUUAAAUAAAGUAGUUGCUUAUGUUA